AUGUCUGUCCCUUCGAAGCAUCGUGCGGCAUACGUGCACGCCAAAGGCGAAGCACCGAAAAUCUCUGACCGUACUCUCGGCGAGCUCAAGCCUGGUGAAAUCGCUAUCAAGAUCGCAGCAACUGCGAUCAACCCUGUGGAUUGGAAGAUCCGUGACUAUGGGCUCUUCCUCGUUCCCAACUGGCAAUAUCCAGCCAUUUUGGGCUCCGAUGGAUCAGGCACGGUAGCAGCUGUCGGCAAGGGUGUAUCUGAUUACAGCGUUGGUGAUCGAGUGUUCUUCCAGUCCGGCUACGGCGACGAUGACGUUUCUACGUUCCAAGAGUACAUCAAACUUCCUGCUGAGAUUGUUGCGAAAACACCAAAGAACAUCUCAGAUGAGGAGGCGUCAGGCAUUAUGCUGGCCACGAUGGCUGCAGCUACUGCGUAUUACGACAAGACUGGGCAGGGACUGAAAGCACCAUGGAACCAGGGCGGAAGCGAAGUGGGCAAAGGAAAGGGUAUCGUCAUUCUUGGUGGCAGCUCCUCUGUGGGUCAAUAUGCCAUUCAACUUGCGCGACUAUCGGGCUUCGAGCGCAUUAUCACGAACGCGAGCGCGAUACAUCACGACUACCUCCAAGACCUUGGAGCACAUGUUGUAUUGGACCGUAACGCUUCCGGCGUCAAAGACUUCCAGAAGGCCUUGGAAGGAGUAUCGUUGGAAUUUGUCUUCGACACGAUUGCCUUCAAAGAGACGCAAGUCCUGGGCGUUGAAAUCCUGCAAGCCACUAACACGCAGAAGUCUCGUGUAGUGGUUGUAGGGCCAGUGAAUGAGGAAGCGAAGAAGCUGGGUGAAUCAAAGGAGCCGCAUGUUGCAGUUCAGCAGAUCAUGGGCAUUGCAUUGAAGCCAGAGCUGCGUUACCUCAUCACGGGCUUGACAGAUAGCCUUGGAGGGAAGGAUGGAUGGGUCGCCAAGGAAGAAUUCAAGCCGAAUCGUGUGGAACUUAUCGAGGGUGGCUUGGAGAAUAUCCAAGAGGGAUUGGAGAAGAACAAGCAGGGCGUGUCUGGCGUAAAGAUUUCCGAGUUAGAUGUCGGCAUUCGUGAACGAGUCAUGCGGACGAUGCUCAAGGACCCUCACACUUUCACCUGGCCAUGA